AUGGACAGUGACAUCAGUCAGAAUGGCGAGUCGAAGGUGACUAUCCAAGACAAGGAGAACACACUACAUCUUACUACAGUCCCAACUUCGGUGACACUGUCGUCUGAGCAAUUUGAAAGACUUUAUUUGAGCCGCAUGACGGUUCAACAAUCGUCACUAGCCAAGAAGGUUGGCAAUCCGACGCCAUUAGCACUAGGAGCUUUUGUUAUUACCGCCAUUCCCCUUGCGUGCUCUUUGAUGUCCUGGGGAGGGGCUAGUGGAAAUGGAGUUGCCCUCAUCGGACCUAUUAUGUUCCUUGGUGGUCUUUUGUUGCUUAUCACAAGUAUUCUUGAGUGGAUAAUCGGAAACACAUUUCCCUGCGUCGUGUUUGGUACUAUUGGCGGAUUUUGGUUUGCAUUUGCAGCCACUAUGAUUCCGGCCUUCAAUGCAGCCGCUCCAUAUUCCGAGUCCACCACCGAUACAACAGCUGGGUUAGCCAGCGAAGGAUUCAUGAACUCCUAUGCGUUUUUAUUCAUAACUAUGGCCGUUCUGAUGUUAGUAUACAUGAUCUGUGCGAUACGCAUCAAUGUGGUAUACAUAUUCCUUUUCCUCUUCCUAUUCCUGGUCUUCGUGCUUCUCUCUGCGGCCUAUUGGCAACUAGGCCACGAGAAUGCAGUUGUUGGUAAUCGAUGUGUGAAAGGCGCCGGAGCUUCACUUUUUGUUGCUACUUUACUUGGCCUCUAUCUGUUAAUUGUUCAAUUAUUCGAAUCUUUGGACUUCCCAUUCGAUUUGCCAAUUGGUGACUUGUCGAAAGCUUGGACUCGCAAUAAAAAUAAGGGAGAGCGAGCCGAUAUUGAACAGCCAACGAGCGAUCGCUACAGUUGA